AUGAGGCGUUGUCGAGGCUACCGGACAGCAACGAUGUCCAAAAUCGGUCGUCUCUCUGAAUUCGACACAGCUCAUCCAGAACGCUGGAGUUCCUACGUUGCUUGGGUAGAGAAUUACUUCCGAGUAAACCAAACAUACAAAAAUGCCAUUGGAGGAAGCCAAGCUUCCAGUGGGCAGGACAUUGCCAAUCCUGGUACAAAAAUGCUGGAGGAAGAGCACUCCCAAGGAACAGUCCUUGGGAGAUUAAAAGAAGCCUUGGCAGCACAAGGCAUUGCGAGGCCGAAAACAACUCAUCAUGGCCAAACUCGCGAAACUCUCGGAAUUCGAUGUCGCACAUCCAAAGAGGUGGAGCUCAUAUGUCAUGAGAGUCGAGAAUUACUUAAGAGUCAACCAAAAUCUCUGCAUGAGGGACAUCUGGGAAUAGUCCGGAUGAAGGCACUCAUGCAAAGCUACCUUUGGUGGCCUGGGCUGGAUAAAGAUAUUGAGGCUCAGGUACACAGCUGCCACAUUUGCCAGCAAUCUAGACCAGAGAUGCCCCACGCCCCAGUCCAUCAAUGGGAAACCACACAAGCCCCGUGGUUCAGGAUCCAUGUUGAUUUUGCAGGGCCCUUUCAGGGACAACUCUUCCUCAUUGUGGUGGACAGUCACUCCAAGUGGUUAGAGGUCACACUUGUUCCUACUAUGACUACUGCCAGGACCAUCCAGGAAUUGCGCAGAAUCUUUGCCACACAUGGGUUACCCGACUUGAUGGUCUCAGACAAUGGGGCUCAAUUUACCACUGCGGAAUUUCAGUCUUUUUUGAGGGCUAAUAUGAUUAGGCACGCCACUUCGGCUCCCUUUCACCCAGCCUCAAACAGCCAAGUGGAGCGCAUGGUCCGAACAACUAAAGAAUCCUUAAAGAGGAUAGUAACCGGCAACUGGCAACAUAGACUGGCAGAUUUUCUACUCUGCCAAUGCACAACCCCCUGCACUUCCAUGGGCAGAAGCCCAGCAGAAUUAAGAUGGGGCCGGCAUUUGAUCACAAAGCUGGAUCGCCUGCAUCCAGAUAAAGUUGCUUCACAAGCAACACAGCCAAAGACACCACAGUGA